AUGGCCAAGGCCGACGUCGAGUGCAUCACCGCUGAUGGCAUUCCCUGGAGGUGUCAACCCUGCGGAGAAACACGCCGGAAGAGCAUGAGAUUUGAAGCUGAGGCUGAAGAGGGUAAGCUCACCUUACAUGAUCUAAUGACAAAAAUUACUGAGAUAGCUGACAACCAGAAAACUCAAGAGGUAAAUUUUAAUAAAUCAUAUGAGGCGCUGAAUGAAAAAUUGGAGGAGAAUAUCAAAAUUAACAUGGAACAAAGGACAACGAUUGAAAACAGCUUAAGGUUAAUUAAUGAACUUAUUCAGGAAAACAAAAGUUUGAAUAAAAAAGUACUAGAAUUAGAGCAAAAAGUCGAAGACAUGGAACAGUAUUCGCGGGCGAACACACUUGAAAUCCAUGGAAUCCCUUAUCAGAAAGGUGAAGAUGUCAUUGGAGUUGUUAAGGAGGUGGGAAAGGCUCUAGAUCUAAAUAUCGCAGAUACAAUGAUCGAUGCAUGCCAUCGUUUGGGAAAGGACUUGGGGCCUAACAAUAAACCACCCGGAAUUAUUGUCAAGUUCGUCAGACGAUCUGACAAAGAAGAAAUGCUUCGUAAACGGCGGAUAAAGAACACACUAUCUACGAGACACCUAAACCUUGCGAUGGACCAGCCAGUCUACAUCAAUGAGGCGCUGUCACCUGCCAGACGGAGGCUGUUCGCGGCGGCGAGGCAGGUCAAGCGGGACAAACACUACAAGUACCUGUGGGUGAGGGGAGGCAAGAUCUUCCUGCGAAAAGAAGAGUCGGCGGCUGUGAUUCACGUUAGGUGUCAGGCUGACUUGGAUAAGCUGUAA